GCAACACUGAGCACCUGAGCUCAGAGCGGGCUCAGAGCUGGCAUCAGAACUGACAGAAGCGUAGCUCAGCUCAGUCACCAGCUGGCACCUUCUUUAAGCGGGACUUUGGCUCUUUAAGUUUUAGCGCUUCUUGUGGGUACUACAGCAGCUAAUUACUUGUCCAUUCUCAGACAAUGGUCCGAAUGGUUCAGGUUUUGGGAUAAGGCUGCAGCCUAUUCAGCUGCCUUGUGUGCAAAGGAACCGAGUUUUAUGACCAGCAGCAGCGGCACGCGCCUUUCAGAAUGUUAUACCAAGGCGCACCUGGGGCGGACGUUUCUUGAGACGGCAAUCCAGUCCUCACUCUCCUCUUCGCCUUGCAGGGAAAGGAUUGCCAGUACUUAGAGUGAUCAGUCAUGGCUGGAGGCCGGCCUCAUGGCCGGUCCAAGUCUGAUCACAGGGUCUGCCAAGCAGCUCGAUAUGCGCACGCUGCUGCAUAUAGGGAAAGAAUAAGCAUCAGCGCUGAGCAGCAGGAGGCGCGCAUCGCUGCUGUGAACGCUGAGUGCGAUGUUCAAGAUGCCCCUCGUAAACGAAGGGGCCAGAAUUCUAGAGGUUUGAAGAAAGAGGCAUGCGCUGCUCGUGGGUCAGCGCACGGCAGGUUUUGCAAAGCGUCUGGGAGUGCCAAGAAGAAAGCAAAUCAGCGCCUUGGGAAAACGCUUGGCAAAGCCGCAGAAAGAGACCCACAUACUCUUCACUGCCACGAGUGCGCUGCCACCGCAGAAUUCGGACACCGAGGAAGCAAGGAAGGGGGGAAUGUCAAGUACCUCUGCAGAGGGCACGUCCAUUCGACAGGCUGUUUUCGCAUCACUAGAGACCGCGCAGCCUGGGCACAGAACCGGGUUGAAUGGCGCUUGAAGGUCGAAGCUGCCAGACUCGAAGCGGAGCUGCGGCAAAUGGGAGGGGCCUCGUCCACCGCGGAACAGCAUCGCUGCCAGGAUUGCUACGAAUCAGCUUGCAAAGGAUCCUGGGAGAACGCGGCAUACUGGGAUUCAACGCCCAAGAGCAGAUCUCUCAUAGCAAAGCUUCUGACCAUUGGCGGAGUUGAGAGCAACCCUGGGCCUGCCCCGGACGAGGUGACUGGAGUUCGAGGCGAGAAUCUGCCACGCGGGGUCAGCUCCGGUCGGCCACUUAUCCCAUUGCCAUCUCUCGAAGAGGUUUAUCAGCCGCCAUCCCAAGGUCAACCUAACGUGGAGCGCAUAUACGCCCCUGCCCUUGCAGAUUGGAAGAAGAAAGGUGGCUUGAGCGAGCAGAUCUCGGGCGCGAACGAGCGAGGGCAAGGCAGGGAAGGGGCUGCAAACCGAGCUCCAUCGGACGAGAACAUCCUAGAGGUGGCGGGCACGGACAGCAGAAUUCGUGAACAGAUUCUGCCUUGCCGGCCUGAGGAACGGGUGGAUACGCCCCCGGCAAGCGCGACCAUUGCGGACUUUGAUACGCCGGAGGAGGUACCCAUCGGGCAACUUCUGUCCGGAACGGAAGGCGGACUUGCAAAGGGCUCCGAAGCAGCCCAAACGCCCAAGGUGUGCGCUUUUCUAUGGCCUACAGCGGCCCCCCAAACCGAGACCGAACCUGCCACUCUUCUGCCGCUUCAAGAGCGGCAGACUACCACUGCUGGCGCACGUGCAGAAAUCGAAAGUGUCGAGUCCGAGGAGGUGGAAUUGGCCGAGUUUCUUCGUUGGAGAAAAGCCAAAGCUGCAAAGGGCCGCGAAGCUGCCGCCGAGGCUACACAGUCACCGGCGUCAGCAGCUAGCGGACCAGGGCGGGUCGCUGGCCUGAAAAGGUCCUCGAAUCUGAGGAGUCCUGUGGUCAAUUCCAGGGCCGGUGCCAGGCGCAGGGGGAUGCCCCCCACCUCGACGGCAGCUGCCGAGCAGGCGGAGGAGGCGACGCCAUCGGAUGAGGAGCUGGAAGACGCCGGCGAGGACAUCCAAGAGACGUCCGAAGAGUCAGAAUCCGACGAUUCUGAGGAGCUGAGCGACAUGGAUGCUUCUGUGCAAUCAGGAGAUGACGACCCCAACACGCACCGUGCCCUCGACCAGACGCUGGGGAAAGAGAAGCUGCCACGGUCUGUGGAUGAUGCUCUCGCCGGUAUGCGCUUAGAGACGGAGAGGAUGCGCCGACAAGAAGAAGCGUCAGGCUCUGAUCAGCUCCAUCAGUCUGCCGCAUCUGAUUUCAGGAAGCGCGGCGCCGAACGGGGGCUGCCCCAGGGCUUCAGCGCUGUGCCUGAGCCAGAGAUUCGCUCUGAGCCUUUGACUGGGAACGAGGUCUUCAAGAAGGACGGCUUUCGAGUACUGCGCGUGCAUGAAUUCGGCACCAACUGCUUCCACCAAGCGGGGAAGAACCUGAGCCGUUUUCCUGGGCCCAAGCACUUCAUGCAGCAAGAGGCUGCGCUGCUCAACCACGAGGUGCAAGUGGCGCUCCACAAGUGGUCCGGUAUGCGCACCGAAGCUGGGGUCCCAAUCGGGUGGCGCAGCUUCGCCUCUUAUCCAGACUGGGAGACGGCCUGCAGAAACCUGGACGGCCACAGGUCCGUGUUUGAAGUCAUUCAGAACGGACAGCCGUGCAAGCCCUACUUGGAUCUGGAUGGCAAGGACGGGCUCCCCUUCAGGCGAAAGUCGAAGCAAGCAGAUGCAGCCUUGGCAAAAACGGGGGAUAGUGCAGCUGUCUCGGAAGCAGGGCCCAGCAGUGGGGCCAGAGAAGAAGCGCGUGGUGCGGCGGAGCACAGGGAAACCAGCGAGGGGCGGUACACGCUGGAGGAAGUAAUGGAGAUAAUCCAGGAGUGGGCGACCAUCGUUUUCAAGGAGUGCUACGCCCUAGACUUAGAGCCGAGCAGCUUCGUUUGGAUGGAGAGCGGCGGGCAGGCCAAGGUCAGCCUGCACCUGACCAUCAACCAGCUUCUCCCUCGCCAGCUUGUCUUUGCGUCCAACUUCGAGAGUGGCGCCGCGCACUUUGCGACCCGUCUCAAGAGAAGGCUGCAGCCCUGGUAUCCUACAGUCGCCCCCCUCAUCGACCUGAAUGUGUACUCGAAAGAUCGAGAGUGGCGCACGCCGGGAAGCGCCAAGAUCGAGAAACCUGAGAGCGUCCUUCAGUUCGUGAACUUGGGUCACACUUGGAAGGACGCCCUGGUUACCUGGCUGGAACCACUUGAGGCUCGUGAGGAGAUCAAGGUGCCGUUCCAGCUGCCUGGGAAUCUGCAUCGAAAGUACAAGACCCCCCAGCAGAUGACUCACGAGGGGACCACGCGAACGCCCAAGAACGAGGCUUUUGUCAGGGCCCGCAUGUUGGAGCUGCUCAGGGAGCGGCUGCACCCCACCGCCUACGUGGAGGGACCCGAUCGCUUCAACUAUUUCGACCGCUCGGAACCCUGCUACACGGGUCGGAUCCACGAGAACCACCAGAACCUGACCUGUCAUCUGACUCCCAAGGGCAAGAUUUAUGCCCUCUGCUUCAGCACCAACUCUGAAGGUGGGGAAUCUGAUUUGCCGUGCCGGGCCAAGGCCUUCUACCUCGGGGAUUUGUUCGAGGACGACAUCAACUACGAGUCUGGUGCUGUCCGCGUGGACAUGCAGUACUUGCAGCGAGACCCAGCAGCAUCGAGUCCCGAGCUCCUCGCUCGUGUGGCACAUGGGCAAGAGCCAACUACGGACGUGCUGAAGCUUAACACGGUCGCUGACCAGUGGCUCGCUGGAGCUUUUCAGCUGCUCGCAUUCCGCUCUGGGGUGGGCACGGGCAAGACGGAGUUCUGCAAGAGCAUUCUCGAGGAGAUUCGUCACCUACUUCAAGCUGACGGGCGCCUUGUGACCAAACUCAUGAUCACGUAUUGCAUCGCUCAAGCCAAAGAUCUCAAGCAGCGCUUCCCUGACUCUGCGAACUACCUCGAUCUGAAGGCUGACUACAAGGACGAGCUAUUUCCAGACCCGGACUGCCCCAACAACUUCCUGACUGCUCUCCAGAACCGGAGCGUGUUCCCCUGGGUCGUGGUUCAGGUGGACAGCCUGCUCAACCUGCGCCCACACGGCGUUGGCGAGGUCGCCCCUUUCGAUCUCGUCAUUCUGGACGAGGCGGCCAGCAUUCUGGCGCAUCUCUCUUCUGCGACCUUGAGGUGCGGCCUCGAAACCGGAGAGCUGUUCCUCGAGAUUGUGCAGAAAGCCAAGCGGGUUCUGGCCAUGGACGACGGCUACGGCCAGCGCGAGCACGACUUCUUUCAGCUGGCCAAGGUACCAGGGAAGCUCGUCAUCAAUACGAGACGGGCAAAGGUGCCUCUCACGUUCCGCGUCUGUCAAGAAGAAGCGCUCUGGCUGGACCGCAUCGUGCGCGACCUAUCCAGCGGAAAGAAUGUCGUCGUCGUCAGCAUGUCAGCCCGUGUCUUGGAUAGGAUACGGGACCGGGUGCUGAGUGGGGGGGGUCGGCACUCGCUUGGGCUCGAAGAGGGGGACAUUCUGAUGCAUAGGGCGAUGAGCGGGGGUGACAACACUGCUCUGCUCGAGAACGUCAAUGUCAACUGGAAAGUUCGACUGCUGAUGUACAGCCCUUCGGUCGAGGCGGGGGUGAACUUCGACGAGGAGUGGUUUCACAGCAAGUACCUGUACAUGUGCAAGCAGAGCACGACAGCUCGGGCUGUUUGGCAGGCCUCGCUGCGGGUCCGUCGCACGGAAAGCCCCUUGGUGUACUGCUUCGUGCAGCAGGGCAUCUCCGUACGGCUUGACUGUGCUCCCGAGGUUCCGUCGGCAGAUCUGGACAUCGAGCUGGAGACCGCUGGAACGUCCUCACCAGAGCCGGAGCCUUCGGUACAAGACGCGGAUGAGGAUGUCACUUCAGAGGUGCAACAAGACGAUGCUGUUGAGCGACUCGACGAGCAGGUUGCAGAUGGGAGCCCUUUGAAGGCGCCCCACCGCGCAGAGCGGGCAUCGAUGCCCCCCUCAGACUCGGAUUGCAAGAAAGGGAAAGCCAAGGGCGGCCAGCCUGGGGUGUUUCUCCCCCCAAGACGGGUGACAACCGCCGAGACGCUGCAGUUCCUCCAAGCUUGCACCUCACGCGCGGCGGCUGCCUGGAGUCGUGUACGCUCUCGCGCUGAGAAUGCGACGGGGGCAGUCCAGUUGAUCGAGGACGGGCCUCUCUUUCGGACGCUGGGACACACGGAGGCGGAGCGACGCAACUCGGACGCUCGCUUACUUCAGGAAUUCCAGGCGCAAGUCGCAAAAGCCGGCCACGUUGUGGAAGUGGAGCCUUACGUGGAGCCCACGAAGCAGUCUAAGCGCAGAGGGGGGCUAACUCAAGAAGCAUACGACAUCAUCGAAGCAAAGACGAUCGGGGCAGUGGAAUAUGCAGAGCUGGCUAGCUUGAGAGAUGUGAAGAGAGACAGGGGGACGCAGCAUAACGAGGUCGCCAAGUACGAGGCUUGCGCAUUCUAUGGUUUGAAGGACCUCGAUGACAGCUUCUUCCUGAAGACACAGGCCGCCUACAAGUCGCCCUUCUCGGAGCCCUUGGCGAAUCUCCUUAAGGUACUGCUCCCAGCCCCAGCGCAGACGCUGGACCAAAAGGCGAUGGGUCCCAAGAGCUUCGAAAUCCUAAGGGUUGAGUAUGCUAAGGAACUGAUCAGCGCUUUGGGUCUGGCGCAUCCUUUCGACAAGGGGUAUACCCCUACGCUCUUAGCAGGCGGUUUGAGGGAACGGCUCAUGAAGACUGGUAUCUUUGAAGGGCGGGCCAAGUUUGCUGCGGAUAGUUCGUCUCUGGCCUCCCGUACUCCCUCCGAAUUGUUCCGCUUCAAGCUACCGAGACCAAAAGAGGGGCAGGUUCAUCUGCUGCCGGGGCAGAUUAAGAAGGCAGUCAACGUGGUUUUGGGGUGGAUGGGCCUCAAGCUGGGGAAGCUCGUGGAAGUUUCCCGUGGAGCGCGGCGGGGAAAGGGGAAGAACUACGGGUCGAGCGCGGGGCUGAACGACUACAAACUCAGCUUGGCUGAGAAGAGCAUCCUUCGCAUGGCGAAGCUGACGAAGUUGCGAUUCCGGGAGGUGCCGGAGUUUUGGAAGUGCCGGAUGGAGCUUCUUCCAGCUGUCAGAGAGUUCCUGGAUGUGGUAGAUGCGAGCGAGUUUGACCACUUACUACGUAGGUCCUCUGGAGCCCCUUUGCUUGCCGAGUUAGGCCCACCUGAGAUUGAGACCGUAGUGGAGCCUUGCAUAAUCGCCCCUCCAAGGAGCACAUAGCUCAAGGUGUAUAUAUCUUGUUAGUGCUGCGUUAGCUUAGGGUCAACGUUGAUCACGUGGUCAUCCUCGAGCUUGUAAUUUAUUCGCUUUGUUUGUCAAGAUGCUAGAUGUAGCCAUUGUAUUUGUAUGUGAGAGCUAAGUUGCCCCUUAAAUCCAAGCAGUG